AUUCGCAGCUCUCGCGGUAUCUCUCCUGUCAGCUCCGGACACCGGCCGCACAAAGGAACCGGACACUGGGGAGGGGGAGGCGGCGCCGUAGAACCUGUGCACUUCUCACCCACCACAAUGGCGACGCCAGCAGCCGUGACCCCCAGCGAAAUGACCACAGACAUACCAGGAUCAGUGACGUUACCAGGAGCUGCCAUGACAGCCGGGCAGGUGAGAAUGGCCGGCCCUUUGCCAUCAUCACGGGGUGGAAAACGACGGUCAGGGAUGGAGUUUGAUGAUGAAGAUGGAGAAGGACCUAGUAAAUUUUCAAGAGAGAAUCACAGUGAAAUUGAAAGACGUCGGAGGAAUAAGAUGACACAGUACAUCACAGAGCUGUCCGACAUGGUUCCCACCUGCAGUGCCCUCGCACGCAAACCUGACAAGCUCACCAUCCUGCGCAUGGCUGUAUCCCACAUGAAAUCCAUGAGAGGGACAGGAAAUAAAUCUACGGACGGAGCUUAUAAACCCUCCUUCUUAACAGAACAGGAACUGAAGCAUCUUAUACUGGAAGCUGCAGAUGGAUUUCUGUUUGUCGUGGCAGCAGAAACUGGACGAGUGAUCUUCGUUUCUGACUCUGUCACUCCGGUUCUGAACCAGCCCCAGUCAGAAUGGUUUGGCAGUACUUUGUAUGAGCAGACCCAUCCUGAUGACAUUGAGAAGCUCCGAGAGCAGCUGUGCACUUCCGAGAACUCCAUGACAGGACGAAUUUUGGAUUUGAAAACGGGCACAGUGAAGAAAGAGGGACAACAGUCAUCUAUGAGAAUGUGUAUGGGAUCACGGCGUUCGUUCAUAUGCCGGAUGAGGUGUGGUAAUGCCCCACUGGAUCACCUGCCUCUCAAUAGAAUCAGCACAAUGCGAAAGAGGUACAGGAACGGGCUUGGACCAGUGAAAGAAGGAGAGGCUCAGUAUUCUGUAGUACACUGUACAGGAUACAUUAAGGCCUGGCCUCCAGCAGGUAUGACUAUCCCUGAAGAGGAUUCCGAGGUUGGACAAGGAAGCAAAUAUUGCCUGGUCGCUAUCGGCAGACUGCAGGUCACAAGUUCUCCUGGGAGCCUGGAUAUGAAUGGAAUGUCUCUUCCCACCGAAUUCUUAUCACGACACAACACAGAUGGUAUCAUCACGUUUGUAGACCCUCGGUGCAUCAGCGUAAUUGGGUACCAACCACAGGAUCUCCUGGGAAAGGACAUUAUUGAGUUCUGCCACCCUGAAGACCAGAGUCAUCUUCGAGAAAGUUUUCAGCAGGUGGUGAAGCUGAAAGGGCAGGUGCUGUCGGUGAUGUAUCGUUUCCAUACCAAGACUCGAGACUGGAUGCUACUUCGCACGAGCAGCUUCACUUUCCAGAACCCGUACUCUGAUGAGAUUGAAUACAUUAUCUGCACAAAUACCAAUGUGAAGCAGGUCCAGCAGCAGCAGGCCGAACUAGAGGUUCAUCCAAGGGACAGCCUAUCCUCCUAUGACCUGUCACAGGUGCCUGUCCCAAAUCUUGCAGGAAAUGUACACGAAGGUGGGAAGUCUGUGGUUGAUAAGACAGAAUCCUUAUUUUCCCAAGACCGGGACCCAAGGUUCGCUGAGAUGUUUGCUGGAAUCACAGCCUCUGAGAAGAAGAUGUUGUCAGCAUCCAGCAGUGGGAAUCAGCAGUUAUACUCAACAGGAAGCCCCUUCCAACCUGGCCACAGUGGCAAGACCUUCAGCUCCUCAGUUGUCCAUGUGACUGGUGUGAAUGAAAUUCAGUCUCCAACGGGCACUGGACAGAAUUUAACGCAGAUAUCACGCCAAAUUAAUGCUGGACAGGUCUGGACAGGAAGCCGGCCGCCUUUCCAAGGACAGCAAAUUACUACACAAUCGGGAAAAGCUCAAACUUCCCCAUUUGGUAUUGGAACAAGUCACACAUAUACGUCUGACCCAUCUACAUACAGCCCACUGUCAAGCCCAGCCACGUCGUCUCCCAGUGGAAAUGCUUACUCUGGCCUGGGAGGAAGGAACGCUGCAUUCACUGAAACAGGGCAGAGCAGUAACCAGUUCCAGGGACGGGCGUCAGAAGUCUGGUCUCAGUGGCAGAGCCAACACCAUAACCAGCAGAGCAAUGACCAGCACUCCCAUCAACAGCCAGGUCAAGCCGAAGUGUUUCAGGACAUGUUACCUAUGUCUGGAGACCCCACUCAAGGAACCGGUAACUACAACAUUGAAGACUUUGCAGAUCUGGGGAUGUUCCCACCUUUUUCUGAAUAAUCUCAUGGAAGCAAUCUCCUUUUCUGUGUUACCUGUGUCAGCUUUGUAUUGUGAGACAGUGAAGACCAGAGACUGUAUUAUCGCUGCAUACAUCUGGCAUACAUCUGGCGUGUCUGUCUGUAAAACCAAUUUACUGUAGAUCCCAACUUUCACAAGCUGCAACGCUUCAUAUGAGCCUGUUGAUGCUUUUAUGUUACAGACCACAAAAUGUAAGAGCAAGACUGCAAAUUCAUUGCAAUCAACUGGCGUAUUGUUAUACAAAAUGACACUGGCUGCUACAAUGGUUGCAUACGAUGUAACUGGAAAUCAGUCUUCAGAUUAUAAAGCCUAGAAUGUGACGGCCAUAACCUAUAUAUGACCUAGGGAAUCCGUCGGUCUCCACAAUAUCAUGUGAAAAAAUACCAUUGCUCAGAUCUGUCUGUCAUAUAACACUCAGAUCCCCUGUCCUGUAACUUCCCAGGGACUCCCAUAAUCCGCAGUGAACUGGGCAGUUCUAAUAUGUCUUUUACAUUGACCAGUGACCUGGUUACUUAAUUGUCAAGCUGUUAUGUUACGUGAAGCGUAUACCUUGUGUAUUUUGUACUACUGAAUGUCCUGUACUAAUCCUCAUACUGCAUAGUUUGACUGUGCAGUGUUAAGCUAACGUCAUUUCAUUAAAGAGUGACAACGGCCAUGUUGUUGGUCGUCAUAAUGAUUUCUGAAUUGUCCUGCAGUUAUGUGACUGACCAGUUUUCACAAUCAAACUGGUGCGGUCAGGAAUUCAGUCAGAUGACUGUUCUUUAGCUAUAAAAUUGUAAAACCUAAAUGGACGUUAAAAGUAGCACCAGGUAAAAAAACGUGAAAAAAAGAAUUACAGACUUAUAGGGCCGCAUUUACCCAAAUUGUCUAAUAAAGACU